CGCGCGCUCUCCUGCGCGUCCGCUCCGCUGUAGCGACGGACGGGUAGGGGAGCUGCCCCCCGGCGGUUUGCUCCGCUCUGUGGAGGAGAGAUGGGGAGGCGUUGGGCGGGGGCUGAGGUAGGAAAGAGCCCGCCCCUGGACGCCUCCCUCGACGCUAGUCCCUGAGCCGUGAUGCGAACGUGGGUCCUACUCUCCGCGGUGCUCUGGUACCUCACUGGAGUUGGAGGUCAGCGUUCUUCCGAACGCACGAGGAAAGGCUUCAUUUAUGGCAAGCCCGGACACCCAGUGAAAUUAUAUGUAAAAUUACAUCACAAUAGCCCAAUCCUUGCCUGUAUGGAUUUUAAACGUGCUAAAAAAGAAAUAGUGGACCCUACCUACAUAUGGAUUGGGCCUAAUGAAAAGCCAUUAACAGGAAAUAAUCGAAUAAAUAUAACUAAAACAGGAAAGCUAAUGGUGAAAGAUUUUCUGGAGGCUUUGUCUGGACUUUACACAUGUACUCUUUCUUCUAAGACUGUCAAAGCAGAAACCCAGGAAGAAACAAUAGUAAAGCAGAGAUAUGAUUUUAUGAUCUUUGCCUAUCGGGAACCUGAUUAUUCAUAUCAGAUGGCUGUACGUUUUACCACAAAGUCUUGUGAAGGAAAAUAUAAUGACCUGCUUUUUCGAGUGCUGAAGAAAAUCUUGGAUAAUUUAAUCUCUGAUUUGUCAUGCCAUGUCAUAGAACCAUCAUAUAAAUGCCAUUUUGUUAAAAUUCCAAAACAUGGCCUCAAACAUGAGCUAUUUAUAGCCUUUCAAGUUAAUCCUUUUGCACCAGGGUGGAAAGGUGCAUGCAAUGAUUCUACUGACUGUGAAGAUAUCACUAAUCAUAAUAUCCUCCAGGCAAGAGAUCGGAUAGAAGAAUUUUUCCGGAGCCAAGCAUAUAUUUACUACCAUGACUUUAAUAAAACUAUACCAGCUAUGCAUUUUGUGGACCACAGUUUUCAAGUAGUACGUAUGGAUAGCUGUCGUCCAGGCUUUGGAAAAAAUGAAGGUCUACACAGUAAUUGCGCUAGCUGUUGCGUGGCUUGUAGUCCUGGGACUUUUAGUCCUGAUGUUGAUGUUACUUGUCAAAACUGUGUUUCUGUCCGUAUUUAUGGAGCUAAAUCUUGCACAUAAACUUCAAACAAAAAACCGUAA